AUGGAAAACGUGAGACGUGUGAAGAAAAGUGGAAUGCUCAGUAAGCUGGCCAAGAAAAUAAGGGAAGAGUGCGAACGUGAAUGGGAGGCAGAAAACCAACCAGGAACCAGCGGACGCCAAGAUACGCAAACAGGGCCUGAUCCUUCUGUUCCUGUUGACGAUUCUGUGGAGGAGAUUUUCUUGGACGACGAUAUUGGUGUACCAGAGGACGACGAGUAUGAGGAAGAAUGGCUGGAACAAUCUUUUAUGGAGAGCGACGAAGAAUGGCAUACCGCUCUAAACGACUUGUUGGCGAUUGUUCGUGAAUCUACGGAUUAUUUUGUUCCGAAAGAUUCAAGGACUUUUUUGAAGACGCCCAUUGAUGUUGGGAAGGCACUUACUACGGCGUCUGGUGGCCAACUUUGGUACGAAGGGAUUGAAAAAUCUUUGCAGUACCAUUUUAGAUCUCGCAUUCCUGCAGUUAAUGAGAUUUCAAUUAACUUGUUCGUAGAUGGUCUUCCACUGCAUCAAAGUGGUCCAACUCAGCUAUGGCCGAUAAUGAUCCAGCUUCACGAGUUGCCGGAAGUUCCUAUCUUGGUGAUAGGGACAUAUUGUGGCAUGGGGAAACCAAAUAACGUAGAAGAGUAUUUGAGACCCCUAGCGACAGAUUUGAACCAUGUUUUAGAAAACGGAGUUCAUAUCAACCAUACAAAAAUAUACGUACGCAUAAGAGCUUUCAUUGCGGAUUCCCCAGCUCGAGCAUUUAUUAAAGGAGUUGCUAAUUAUAAUGCUGCUAAUGGUUGCAUUAAAUGUAAAAUUGUGGGAAGACGUAGAAAUGCCAGAAUGACGUUCGAAGGAACAGCAGAAGCAAGGACUGAUGCAGAAUUUAGAAGUGGACAAUAUGUUAUUGGGCAUCAGAAAAGACCAACGCCACUUUUAGACGUUAUAGGAUUCGAUAUGGUGAAAACAAUAACUGUAGCAGACGAUCUGCACAUAUUACAUUUAGGAGUUACGAAGAGGCUUUUAGAAGGUUAUGUAGAAGGUAACUUAACGCCAGUUUCUAAAUGGACGGUAGGAGAACAAAGGGAAAUAUCGAAUAUAUUAGUAAGCACUCAAUUGCCUGUAGAGAUACAUAGAGUUAUGAGGUCUCUGAAGCAUCUGAAGUAUUGGAAGGGGUCCGAGUUACGCACUUUUCUCAACCUUAUUAUUAUACCAUUGCUUAAAGGACGAAUUCACGAUGACGAAUAUCGGCAUUUUAAAAAAUUAUAUGUUGCAGUAACGUUGCUGUCUAGUAAGCAUUUUGAGCAACAUUGGAAUUUUGCGGCCGCUCUGUUAGAAAAGUUUGUGCUUGAUUUCGGACUUCAUUAUGAUAGAUCAUACAUAAAUAGUAAUGUACAUAACUUGUUACAUAUAGCUGCUGAUGUGCGUGAAUUCGGGCCUCUUCACACCUUAUCUUCCUAUCCCUUUGAAGGAAAAUUGCAAUUUAUAAAAGGUUUAGUUAGGACAGGUCAUAGAACGCUAGCACAAGUAGUCAGUAGAUUAACCGAACUUAGAGAAUUAGAAGCUAGUGUAAAUAUUGACAACAAUAUACAAUAUCCAAUAGUGAAGAAUAAGAAAAAUGAGGCAAUAUUACAUAUUAAGUCUAGAUUUACGUUAAGAAAAGGUGAUAGGAACGGCUGGUUUUUGACAAAAAAUGAUAAACUAGUUAGAUAUAGCAACGUCAGAGAAGUAUCCGGAUCAUAUGUUAUAGAAGGUCAGCAGUUGUUAGAAGCGAAAACAGCAUUUAGUGGUCCGAUUAAUUCAGAAGUUAUAUUCAAUUAUGAAGGUAGUGUAGCAAAUAUUUCCGACGAUACGGUUCAAGACAUGGAAAUGGAAAUAGAAGAACUAGUUCCAACCAUUGAACAGGGAGCAGCCACGUUAAUGCUACUAUUACUAGAAGAGGAAGAGGAAGAGGAAGAGGAACAAUCCCGGGAGGAGGACACCGGUUCGUGCUGUACAACUGAUUUGUUUUUAGAGAGGGAAGAUGUGUGGAGCCAGUUGUUCCAGACAAUCGAUGGGGAAGGCCCGAACAACCGGUACAACGGCUUCCUUAGGCUCAACCGUGAGGAGCUUUGUAUCUCCGAUCGUGCAGGAAGUUUGUGA